AUGGUCAAGCUGUCUGAGGUGCCCGAAAAAAUGGCACAAGGAAAGGCAUUAACACGCGCAGUUUCUGUGGGCGAACCUAGUGAGCACUACCUUUUUUAUCCGCUUUAUAAUCCAUUAUUUCGGAGGAUUACCCAACUUGUGUCAGCGUCAAACGUCAAUGCAGUCAUCCAGAUUGGCGUUCGAAAAAACUCCCGUGAUUGGCCGCGCCUCUGGGAACGUUUUUCUCAAUACGAUUAUAUACUUACUACGGAUUGGAGCGGCUUUGACACCAGCAUCUCCCCGGAAUUGCUGCGACUUGCAUGGGAUAUCCUAGUUAAAGCCGUAGAUUUACACCGAGAGGAAGAUCGUAUCCUGAUCGCGAACUUAACGAACCUCUACGAGAUGAACUUUGUUGGUGGUAUCAUGCAUCACGCAGGCUAUACUCUCGCAAAGGAAGGAGGCAUUCCCUCUGGAUCUAUACUAACGUCAAUUGUGGGCUCUGUUGUUAAUUAUAUUGUCCUAAAGGCUCUCCUAUCUGACCUUCCAAACAUUAAAGCCUUUGAAAUUUCAGUCUAUGGCGAUGACGCGAUAGUCGGGUUAAACACUGAGGAUGAUUUAGUUAAUCCCAAGAUUAAACGUGCGUUUCUCCAUCGCUUGGCGAUGUAG